ACACACGCGCGCGCGCAUACACUCACACACACUCCUCCCAACAGGCUGAAACGGGGUCACGAACUAUGACCUUUCACAGUGCAAAAAACAAUAACAAAUAAUUCGAAACAAACACAACGAGCGCGCCCUACAUUCUCCAAUCUCACAGGUGGGACUGUUAACAAAUGCGGCACUGGCCUUGGUCCAAUCACACACCACUAAUGACCUUAUAUCGCCAUGACAACCAAUGUGGAGGUGCUGGCUCAGCAGAUAGUGACCACUGAGCAGGUUGCAGAGAUGCAGUCAUCUCCUUCAGGCAGCCCAGUGAUGAAUGCCUCUCCUCAGCGCAUUCAGAUCAUCUCCACUGACCCCUCCGUCACCACUCCACAGAGAAUACAGAUUGUGACCGAUCAGCAGACAGGCCAGAAGAUCCAGAUUGUGACCGCAGUGGAUCCUGCCAGUGUGCCCAAGCAGCAGUUUAUACUGGCUGCUCAUGACGGCACGGCGGCUGGCAAAGUCAUCUUGGCAUCCCCUGACAGCCCAAGCACCAAACAACUCAUCUUUACUACGGCUGACAGUCUGGUCCCUGGCCGAAUACAGUUUGUUACAGAUGCAGUGUCUGUGGAGAGACUUCUAGGUAAAGGAGGAGAGGUGGGCAGACCACAGCCCGUAGAGUACUGCGUGGUUUGUGGAGAUAAAGCAUCAGGGAGGCAUUAUGGGGCUGUUAGCUGUGAAGGCUGUAAGGGCUUUUUCAAGCGAAGCGUCAGGAAGAGUCUGACCUACAGUUGCCGUAGUAACCAAGACUGUGUGGUCAACAAGCACCAUCGCAACCGCUGCCAGUACUGCCGCCUCCGGAAGUGCCUUGAGAUGGGCAUGAAGAUGGAGUCUGUACAGAGUGAGAGGAAGCCAUUAGACCUGCCCAGAGAGAAACCUGCAAACUGCGCUGCCUCCACUGAGAAAAUCUACAUCCGAAAAGACUUACGGAGUCCUCUCAUAGCAACACCAACCUUCAUCACUGAGAAGGAUGGCUCACGAUCUGGGAUAUUGGACCCUGGGAUGCUUGUGAACAUCCAGCAACCGCUUAUCCAGGCCGAUGGCACAUUACUCUUAGCUACAGACACCAAGGCUGAGACUGGUCAUGGUGAUCUCGGGACGCUGGCCAAUGUGGUGACGUCACUAGCCAACCUAAAUGACUCGCUUAAUAAUGGAGACACCUCUGACAGCCAGCAGGAGGAGUCAACCAGCGAAAUCACACGUGCCUUUGACACUUUGGCCAAAGCGUUAAACCCCAAUGAGGUGGGUGAGGGGCAGAGCCUGUCAGAGGCUGACUGUGUGAGCGGGGCCACGAUACAGGUGAUCAGCAGAGAUCAGGUUACGCCCCUUAUUGAAGUGGAGGGUCCUCUGCUUACAGACACGCACGUCAGCUUUAAGCUGACGAUGCCCAGUCCGAUGCCAGAAUAUCUGAAUGUUCAUUAUAUUUGUGAGUCUGCAUCUCGUCUGCUCUUUCUCUCCAUGCACUGGGCACGCUCCAUACCAGCCUUUGUUGCUCUUGGGCAGGAGUGUAACACGUCUCUGGUUCGGGCAUGCUGGAACGAGUUGUUCACGCUGGGUCUGGCUCAGUGUGCUCAGGUCAUGAGCCUCUCCACCAUCCUGGCUGCCAUCGUCAACCACCUACAGACAAGCAUACAGGACGACAAGCUGUCUAGUGAGCGUGUGAAGCUGGUGAUGGAGCACAUCUGGAAGUUGCAGGAGUUCUGUAACAGCAUGGCCAAGCUGGAGACGGAUGGCUACGAGUACGCCUACCUGAAAGCCAUUGUCCUUUUCAGUCCAGAUCACCCAGGACUGAGUAGCAGCAGCCAGAUUGAGAAGUUCCAGGAGAAAGCGCAGAUGGAGCUGCAGGACUAUGUGCAGAAGACCUAUCCAGAUGACACUUACAGGCUGGCACGAACUCUGAUGCGUCUGCCUGCACUGAGGUUGAUGAGCUCCAGCAUAACAGAGGAACUUUUUUUCACCGGCCUAAUCGGAAAUGUACCCAUCGACAGUAUAAUCCCUUACAUCCUGAAAAUGGAGACUGCAGACUACAAUAGCCAGAUCACCGGCCCUACUGCAUGACUACAAAUGUGACCUGUUUGGACCCGCAGAUACAGACUACAAUCCUGCAUCUCCCAUUAUAACUUGCCUUCAUGCUGAUGGAUGCAAAAGUUAUGAAGAUUGUUGUUCUGUUUUUUUUUCUUCUAAUGCAAACUAGCUCUGCCCGCAAAAGAGCCGUAGCAGUGAGGCCAUCUGACUGAAGGUGGAUGUUACUUCAAGAUUGAUGCAUUGUAGUUCUCUUAGAGUGAUGCAUCAUGGAACUUUGAGUUCUAUCAUCUUUUGUUUCUUCUGAAAACAGCAAUCAACAUUUUUUAAAGCACUUCAGACUUUUUCCAGUGAGAGAAUUUUGAGACUUUAGGGCUACUUGGAAUAUUCACCAUAUACAAGAUUUUGUAUUAUUCAAGAACUUCAAUAUAUUGUGGGUUUUAGACUCAGCCGUCAGUGGAGUACAUAGACUGUUGGCAUUCAGUAAGCAUCACAGUAGAAUGUAGAAAUGGGAGUUCGUCAAGGCCAAGUGUCCAGGUACAAUCCAUUAACACUUGACAUGAUUUCUUAUGCAAAAAGCUGCGUCAGUGUCCCUAUAAGAUGAUGUGCAGUUGUAUGCAAAAGUUUGGCGUUCCUGGUCAAAUUACAUGUUUUGUUCAUUUUCUAAGUGAAAACAAGUGCAUGAAUUUAAAGCAGCACCAUGAAUUUAAAGCAGCACCAUGUAAGUUUUAUUUUGUUAAAAUUGAAAUAAGUAGCAUUACUGUCAGGAGAAAAAACAUGCGAAAAUAUGGUGUCCAUGGGCUGCUGUGAGUCACCUUGUAAAAGCCUGAAAUAUUAAUUUAAAAGUUAAGAGGCAUCCGGUGGGAUUUUACAAGAGUUUUUCAGACCACGUCAUACGUCUUUACGUAAUAACACCACACACACAAAAAGAAGGUCCGGCUUAGGUCUCAAAUGCAAAGUGAACAUUAUACUGAUGAAGGCAUAAUGACAAAAGUACAUAAUGCUCGAAUUUACAUCCUUGAAAGACACAGCCUUCACAAAGUUUCGACCGAGUUGUCUCUGAAUACUCUUUCAAUGCACUCACAAACAUCAGAUUCAUCAGCUUGGGAAAGGGGUCGUACUUCUGCGAGGAACAUUGCAUGCACUUACACAUGUCCACCAUCCAAAUCUUACAUAGUGCAGCUUUAACAUAUUGAACAUAUUGGGGCAGAGGAAAAAAUGUGGCUUGUACAAAUUUUAUGGUGCAUUUUAUAUUUUGACUUUUUAAAAAUAUGUUUAACUCAGCAAAUAAAUAAUUGCAGAUAAAUGCCAUAUUUAAGUCUGUAGAGGAAGUGUCAACUUUCGUUCUCUUAAAUCAGCAAAAACGUGUAAUUUGACUGGAGGUGUUCAAACUAUUGAAUACGACUGUAUAUUCAAAUAGCCUUGUGUCAAAUCUACAAGACUCAUCAGAGGAAGAGCUCUGACCUAGGAUCAUUUUUUUUACUUUUACAGUGUGAUUAAUAUUUCUUGAUGUGCAAAACUGAUGCUGAUCCUAAACUAGCACUAUUACUUCUAAGGGCAUCCUGCACAUAGGUCGCACCAAGCUGAGUAGCAACACCAGUAAAUUCCUGUUAGGCUUAAUUUGGCAUCUAAAUACCCGAUGCACAUAAAGCCCUUAUUUCCAGCUGAUACAAUCUUUAUAUUUUUGUUUUUGCCUUGCAGCCAUACUGGAGAGUGGGAAUCCAUUAUUGGUUGAUUUAUUACAGAACACCUCUGCUAUCCGGACAAUCAGCAUACAACAGUAUGAUGCACUUAUCCUGGACAUUACGUCACCUUUUUUCCCUCGUUCAUUUUACCCACCCUUCUUCCUUUUCAGGUGUAUUUAUUUUAAAGAUUUGUCACUAUAACGUGAAGAACCAGAGACAGUUCCGUUCUUUAUUGUCUGCUUUUAAUGUUUUCUUUGAAACUAUCAACUUAAGUCACAUAUAGGAAGUUCUCAGUUUAUUUCACACCUUUUUCGUUGGAGACUUUUUCAGCUGGUUUCUCUUUGGAUCCAUCGUGUCAUUAAUUUAUUUGUUGUAAACAAAUAUGCCGUUUUUGCGCAGUAUAUUUCAUUUUGGUCUGUCAGUUGCAAUCAUGACAGCUGUCUUCUGUGAAAUGUACUCAAAGUACAGUCAUGCACUUAUGAAUAUUAUGAGAAAUUGUUAAAUGCAUCAUUUUUUGCCUUUUUUUUUGGAAGGGUGAACCAUAAGGUUAUGAGAGACUGCUACAUACCUGAAAUGUAUAUGUACUGUAUGAUAGCCUACCUAAAUAUUUGGGUUUAAAACCCAGUCAAGACUGUUUUUAAUGCUGUUGUGAUAACAUGUCUAAUGAGAUUUAUACUACAUGUAACUUCAUUAAAAUGAAUGCAUGUCCA